AUGACGACGCGAGACGAACUUAUUGAAGAACUGACAAACGGCACAGGCGGUCUGGAGGGACUUUUUGAGCGAAAGCGGUCCAGCAUCAACAUGUUAACGGAUCCCCGUGUGUUGGCUCACCUGCGAACGGUACACCUGCAAGCACAGGCAGAUAACGAAUCUCCGACGACCGACGAUCAAGAGGAGACUGUCAAAUUAGAUGGAUUGGCGGAUAAAAUCGCCAGUUUUAACAGACGAAACCAUCUCGGUGCCUUUCAGAUAACUCUAAACGAAGGACUCAGCUAUGAAGGAGCUUUGCGAUUUUACUUGGAAGACGCGAAUGAAGAUCGCCAGGCCAGUAAAGCAGUUAAACUCGACAAUGAAACCACCGUGGGAGAACUAAUUCCAGUGUUAAUAGAGAAAUUCAAUCUUCAGAAACAAUUGCUAGAAGAACCGGCGAGAAAACGGGCUUUGUAUCAAGUCAUUGGCCGAGAUGAGAUUUUACUUGACAAAGAAGAAUGUCCAUUGGAUAUUGCUCUGAACUCCCGAGUGACUCCUCGAUUUGUCUUUCGUAUGGACCCUCAUCGCAAUAGUCCUGUCACCCACCCUGAGACUGUCCCCACACCAAGCCCUUCAAAUAAACGCCGCAGCCUGUUCACAAAAUUCCAAAACAUAAAAAACACUAUGAGUGAGAACAAUAUGGCUCAGAAUAGCCUCCGGGUUUGCCAUUCCGCUGAACUGCUCACCAAUGGCAUGGACUGCAAUCUCACGGACGACUCAAGCAUAAGUAGUGACCUGAGUAGCAGCAUAUCAAGUUCUAGCAUGACGGGAAAGAAAGAAAACAAAGAUAGAAUAGCCAUGACAAACGUUCAAAAUGGUGGCGCCACUGGUUUGCUCAUCAAUGCUAAUCUGCCACAAAAUAGAAAGAAUGGCAAAAACAAGACAACCCGUCAACCUGCUCGAAAUAAAGCAAAGAAAAAUAUGAAAUCUUCGUCAUCUAUGGCGCUCAUGUUUCAAAGAAGAUUCAGUCUACGUAAGCGAGAUAAAGACGAACCUGUUACGUCGAUGAAUGUGGAAUUGUCCACUGAGACGGCAACACCUGGUGUAUUAAAAAUCUAUGGUGAUCAAAUUCGGCCCGGAGCUGAGUAUAAAAGUGUACUGGCAUCAAUGAGAUCUUCGGCUGUUGAACUUGUCAAGGAGGUGCUAGAAAGGUACGGUCUCGCAAGAACUUCAUACAAGGAAUACGUUCUUUGCGAUGUGAUUGGCAAGUUUGUGAAAUCUGAAGAAAAAGGACAACGUUGGCAGAUGGAGUGUGUGCGAGUUGUUGAAGACAAUGAGAAGCCUUUAGUUUUGCAGUCAUUCUGGAAACCCGGGGAAGGUUUGUCGCGAAGGUUUGAAGUGCGAAACCGAUCCUUGGUUGCAGAGGAACUUGGUGAAAUUGACACUAUUACAUCUGGUAUUAAUGCGAAUGCAAGGCGUUUACAGCUAUCACGAGUGAAACUAAACCGUAGUGGGAGCACAGAUGCAUUGUUGGAUUGCUUGGAUAGCGAGGACCAUCAAGAUUCAAUAAGCUCCACAACAGACAAUGACUCUUUCGAUAAAAGCUCUUUACAACAAUUAGAACCAGAGGAGACAGAGAGUAAUGACGAACCAGCGGCGUUUUACAACAUAAAACCUCCGAUAGACUUUCCGUAUUUAUUGACAAUUCGGGGUUUCUCGCCUAAUAAUGAUCUCUUGCUUUAUGUGCUGAAUGAACAAGUAAGUAUGGUUGGCAAAAUACAAGAGGGUAUGAAGGAAGCCAACAAACCAGAUAUACAAUUAGCGGCACCCGAUGUCUUGUCGCAACACUGUUGGGUUUCGAAGAAGCCAGCCAAUAGGAACUACAGGGUCAGGGACAAUCCUGAAGACUGCGACAUGAUGGUUUCUGUAGAUCCUCUUCCGAAUGCCAAGGUCACCAUUAAUGGAGUCGCGAUCACUAAGGAAACCGAACUGAAACCGGGUGAUUUAGUCGCUAUUGGACACCAUUAUGUUUUUCUCUUCAAGGACCCGACAAUAAUGAGGGAAAUCCCGCAGAACUUGGCGUGGUUGAACUUUCAAUCAUCGUCACAAAUCCAGGAAUUAAGUAAUGUUGAAAUGCUUGUGAAUCUUCGAGAAACUUUCAAUGAACACCUCCGAAAGAAAUCCCAGGAAUACGACAAAAAUGACGACAGGCUUAAGAUAGUGUACAGUGCCAUGGAAGAGGAUGACCUAUUGGAAAAAAUUACAUUUCUGUUAGAUAUUGACAGUACUGAUGUAUUCAAAUUAACACCUGCCUACUUAAUAUGCAUGUGUGUUGAAUAUUCAGCAUAUCAUUGUGACCAAUCAGCAACCAGGAAAUUACUACUCAAGAUAUCAGUAUUAGUACAGAGCAUAGCAUGGGAUAAAACAAAGGAAAUUGCCAACAAGCAGCCUUCUAGACCCAAUGACGCUGUGAUGUCCAUGAAAGAGCUGUUCUCAGAUCUACAGGGCAUACUCUUCUGGAUGGCAAAUGCCUUAGAAAUGCUCAAUCACUUCCAGAAUUGCUUAAACGAUUAUCUAAUGAGUCCAGAAGAAGGUUUACCUCCUGGAUCACGGUCAUCGCUAGCAACGGCAGACGAUGAAGUUCUCUCAGUUUUGGAAGAAGUGGUUAUGUACACAUUUCAACAGACUGUCUACUACCUCACUAAGACACUCUACGUAGCACUGCCAGCUGUUUUGGAUACCAAUCCAUUCACAGAUGAAGAUGAGACUAAAGAUGAGAGCAAAGAUGGAGUAGAGAGCAUCAUCAGUAUCUUCCAGUCAACCUUUGACCUUGUACAUAAUUUACAUGUACAUCCCCAAAUCAUUCAUCAGUUAUUUGCAUAUUUAUUCUUCUUCACCAACGCAUCAUUAUUUAACAUGUUGAUGGAGCGAGGAACUGGUGGCAAAUUCUACAAAUGGUCAAAAGGAGUUCAAAUUCGCGGUAAUCUUGACCUGAUUGAAUCAUGGACACAGGAACACGGGUUACAUGAUGAGGCAGCUAGCUUCUUGAAAACAUUAUCCACAGCGUCUGGUCUCCUAGCAACACCCAAAGUACAACUCUUACAUAUGGACUGGAGUUGCAUCAGAAGGGAGUACCCAGCGUUAAAUGCAGCCCAAGUACAGCAGAUAUUGAGUGAAUAUCACUUAGGUUCCAAUAAAACAAGACCUAGAGGCUGGUUUCCACCACCGGAAGAAGUAGAACCAGCUUUACGAACAAAUUAUGAAAUCAAUGAGGACUGCAUGCAGGACUAUCUUGUGGAAGGUGGUGAAAUUUUAGAAAGCUUUAAUAAUCAUCCUCCACUGGUGUUGCCUAAUGCUGAUUUUAUGAUGGAUUUAAAUAAACGAGUUACACAAGCAUCAUUUUAUGACAGUCUGCAGUCAUUGGCUGAUGACCUUACAAGUGUCACCAUCUAUACAGGGAAUAGUCCAGUUACUGAACCACAGGAGUCUGCCGACAAAGUGAUGGCUAAUCUGGUGAGAAAAGAACUGGCAGAGAAUGAUGCUAUCUCGGUCAAGAUGAAGAACAAAAUUAAUGAUGUCUCUGCUGUAAAUAGACACUAUAAUAAACCUUUUGAUGAUUGUCGCCGUCAUUCCACGAACAGUUACACUGAAAAUCAAUGUGGCACAGAAAACAAUAAUAACAUGGGAUCAAACUUGUACAUUAAACAAGUAAUGUCUCCUGAAAGUCAAGUUAGAUUAAAUACACAUGGUGUUCAAAAAACUGUGAAAUUUAACACUCAAGCAAACCAGUAUCAGUCUCUGCCACCUACUUACAUUGGGCAGAAAAAACAAUCUUACGGCUCUUCAUACAAGCCACCAGUACCCAUGCAUAGUUACCAAGGGAGCCAAAGCCCUAGUAACCAAGAUUUUAAAUAUGAAGUGUCAUGGAGACAGGAAGAUGGUCAUUAUGAAAUAAAACGUGUGGAGAACACUGUUUCAAGUCCCCAUAGAAAUCAACAAGUAUUUGUUUAUUCGCAAGGUUGCUCAGAGUUUAAUCUGGAUGAUCCCCAGCACUUGGUGCACAUUGUUAAAGUCCACCAUGAUUAUGAUGAACCAUAUGAAACGGAUGAUGAGAACUGUGACGAUAACGUAGAAAAUGAUGCUAAUCACACCGCAUCAGCUUGCCAAGAACUCACAGUCAAACAGAUAAAUGCUGAAACCAUUGCAACUGAUCAUAACACUGAUAGUGCCAUUCCAGUUGUUGCUAUCACCCCACCAGACACUGAAAAAACAAUGUUGCCAUCAAAACCCAAACUGUCGGACUCGCAGUUGCAAUCCCAGUCGCAGCUGAAACAGCAAAUACAUCAGUUUCUGAAGCAACAGCAACAGAGAAAACAACAGAUGCAGCAAAAACAGUGCCAACAAUUACAAUCGUCUCCAUCUGCGACAGGCAGCCCUGAACUACUGACAGUAUGCAAUAAUCAACAGCCUACAUCUCCGACUCAUUCCCCCUCACCCCCCACCUACUCACCUCCUCCCCCGCCUGCCAGUACAUCAUCCACCAAGCCUACAGUAUCGAGAAAUGUGCAAUAUAAAUUGGAGGGUAACUCAGAUUACAUAGAGCCGCUGUCGUUGAAUGAUAUGGAGAAGCUCGUGGAGGAUGUUACCAGAGUUACUGAGUCCGAAAUGGACCUGUUAUUGCAUCGAAAUACGAUGUUGCAAUCUCCAAAACAGUGUCUAGAAAGCAUGGAAAGAUUAAGAGAAACAGACGAUGGUCAGGAAGAUGUAUUCGUAGUGGAUUUGGUCAAAGAAGAUAACGGCAUUGGAUUAGGACUUAUUGAUGGACUGUAUACUCCUUUGCGAUCAGCUGGUAUCUACGUACGUACACUGCUACCCAAAGGUGCGGCUGCCAGAGAUGGUAGACUCAGACUUGGAGAUAGAAUACUAGCAGUCAAUGGUACUAGUCUAGUUGGUGCCGAUUAUCAGAGUGCCAUGCAGUUGAUAAGAAAUGCAGGUCCAAGAUUACGAUUCAUGGUUGCAAAGUCUGAUGUUUCCAUGGCAGCCAAGAUAACUGCAUCAACUACGUGUUAAUUCCAAACAUGAAGCCUGAAAUAUCUAAAACCUCUAAUGCCACUUUGUAAUAAAGCCAACAAAAAUAGUUUAUUUGUUUCUUUUCAUC